UUUUUGGUCCGACAGACCACUGGUUCAUAUCACACCCCGUGAUACCGUCGACACUGGAGAACACGAAGGAAGUUUUAAUUAUUCAGUUAAUGGGGAUAGUUUUAAUGGACAUAUAAAUUUGUAUAAUUGCAAUUAUCCAUUCACGUGAAUCAAUUGUGACGGCAAAUGUUAAUUGUUUUAGAGUGCUCCCCUAAGGUUGCUCAAAAGACCUUUCUUGUGGUUAAGAUCUACUGAUUUUAGAUCAAAAAUAGUCGUGAACUGAUUUUACUGCAAAAGUGACUGAAAAUAUGCAAAUUCUAUUUUAGGCCUUUGUUCUAGUUCUUCCUCAGUGAAAGAUUUUCAAACUAAAAUUGAGUGAUACGGGUCCGUAAAUUUUUCAACCUUACCGAUACAGCCCUAUACCAGUUAUAGGGCUAGUCUGUUGUGAUAGAACCCUAAAACUAAAGUUGUUUGGUUGAUAUAGAUUUUGGGCCAGAAGUGCAAUAGAAAACUGAUAUAGGGAAGAGAAAAUUGAAUUGAUAAUCAGACAUUUGAGGCCUCAAACUGUAUCUACCGCCGGAUAUAUCGGCGCACUUGGAGAAUUCGCUGGGAACGUCUUCGCCACGGCAGAGCUUCUUCGCCGGCAGCAAGUUGGAUUUCAAAAAUAACUGCCUGGCGGCCGGAAACGCUGGCGUCCCUGGUGGUGGUGGAUCAUCUGCGGCCACAGCAUCCAACCUCGGACUAAGCCCCUCUAGUCCAGACUCUCAGCAAUUUAAUAUCUUCCCGGCUAUCUUCAGUCGCCAACUAAAUUUCUCGACGGGUGCGUGUGGACAGGGCAAGCUCAUGGAUGACCUACGGCCAAAUCUCGUGGGUGGGCUUCUGGGGCUGCAGCAGGGUCUCCUGGAGGAUCAUGCACUAGCCCAUGGGAACCUCCAGCAUGGUGGUCAGGAGUCCAAAUUCAUGGCACUCCAGGACAACAGACUUAUGGGUAUAUCCUCGCAUGAGAACCGUUUAUUGGGCCUCACGCAGGAUACACGUUCAGCGUCGGCGGCAUCAGCCGGCGACAAUAAGGCACCUGUCCAACGGAAAUGCAGCAGCACCCCAGAGGACUUCAAUGCCCUUUAUGGUGGUCUGCCAGCAUCUGGUCUCGCAGAAGCUCCAUCCCAUCAUCACACCCCGACGCACACACCACCCACAAGAUUGUCCGACCACACCGUCACAGCUGAAGGUGCAUUUAAGAAAUUAAAACCUGAACCAAAUUCUGGACUCUCAUCGGUUUCCGGCAGUGUAUCAUCACCAGGAAGUGGAGUGUCAUCGUUGCCUCAGCAUGCCGGACACACACCGACCACGGCCUCGUGUCCGACGCCGGCGAGGAGACGGCAUCGGACGACUUUUACACAGGAGCAACUGGCUGAACUUGAAGCAGCUUUUGCCAAGUCCCACUAUCCCGACAUCUACUGCAGGGAAGAAUUAGCGAGAACAACAAAACUGAACGAAGCUAGAAUACAGGUGUGGUUCCAAAAUAGACGGGCAAAGUAUCGGAAGCAGGAGAAGCAGCUUCAAAAGGCGCUCGCACCAUCAGUCAUACCGUCGUGCAAUGGAAUGAUGAGGAACAUUCAGGGCUACAGUGUUUCCCGAGGAUAUCAACCGUACCCCCAUCCGAACUCAAUAAAUAGAUACCCACAAGAUCUCUUUCAAAUGGGCGCCACUUCAUAUCCUGGAAUGACUCAACCAUUCUCCAUGACACAUAGCACAAAUAUGGGAUCGGUUAACGUUCGGCAAGACACAAUGGGAAUGUCUGCUGAAGACGAAUGGUACAAUAAAAGUUUAUCAGCUCUACGAAUGAACAGCUCUCAUCAUCCAAAUCUUUCGGCUCCGAUGCUGCAAUAUCAGACAUAAUCAAAAUUCACCAACAUCUGAAUAAUUAUUAACUUAAUUUACGAGAAAGUAUUCUUCUUUUCAUGACUCUUCAUUUAAUCCAAAAUCCAAUAAAAUCUUUUUGUUUUCGCAAAAAAACAUAAUACAAAAUUUUACAAUACUCAGAAUAAAAUCUACCUUUAAAGAUUUUGUUUGUUGUAGAAGAAUGGUCAUGAAAUAAAGAAAAUGCUAAAUACUUGUAUAUAAAAUCAAUAAUAAUAUUAAAACAUGGACAUACGAAUUUAAGAAAACAAAAAAAAAUCUAAAUAACAAAUUACAAUAUUUUGCAUUUUGUCCAAAAUUUUACAAAUGAAAAAAAAAGAGAAAAAGCGCUAUAUCUUAUUGUGAGAUGAAAUUAAAAUGGCAAAGUGGUCGGCAUUCAUCACGUAUAUAGCAUGUAUCUUCUUUGACUCCAAAAAAAAAAAAAGAAAACUUGGUAAUUGAAUUCUUUUUAUUUGGAAAUCUCCCAUUGUAUUUGAGUUACAACCCAAGAACGUACAACGAAAUUAAUUUUCUCUCGUACUGGAAUAUUUGCAUGGUAAUGAGUUGGAAGGGGAUAGCGAUAGAGGGAUGAUUGGUGAAUUUUCUGAAACAACAGACAUAUAACAAUUAACAUUAUUUUAUUUUACAAUUCUAAUAUUUUUAGUCUAAAUAACUAAUAUGCGAGCAAAAAUGAUAAGAGACAAAUGGUCAGUAUGUUAUUCAAUUUUAUCUGAAAAGUUUGUGGCACAACUUUUAGAUCUGGCAAAUUUAAUGAAAUCAAAAUUCACAUCCUUUUCUUUCUCAAAUGUUUGGCAUACGUCUACCAUACUCUUUCUUACCCUUCUUCUUCUUUUGAAUAUCACAACAAAAUCAAUUUAUUUCACUUCAAUUUUGAAUGCGAAAUAGUAGGAAUAAGACAGGGUGCGAAUUUAGAUUUCAUGAAAUUUUCUUGAUCCAAAAGGAAUUCCGGAAUC